UCAGUUUUACACCUCAGUCGGAGUGUGGCUGACUAAGUGAGUGGAGGGAGGAAAAGUUGCAACUCGGAGCAGCCGCAGAUAAAUUCAGGAAGCUGCAGAGAGGAGAGUGAUGGAAAAGUAUGUGUGGAGGAGGUAGACGCCAGGGGAGGAGGUUUCAUACCCUACAGCUCCUUUCAGUUUCUGAGGAUUUCCCUCCCUGGACGCUGCAGCUGCUCCAAGUGCGUUCUCUCCAGAGCCACACUCUUCCAUAUCUGGAGCUGGAUUUGGACAAACAGUGAAGCGGACCGAAUCAGACGGGACAGCAACGCAGAACCUAAAUUUGCAGUUAAAUCGAGUGUGUGCCGAGAAGGUGUUUGGUGGACCUGAGGAUUACUGACUGAAACACAGCAGGGGAAAGCAGAAAAAGUGGUUCAUUUGUCUGAUUUAAAACAUCACAAGUCCCAUAAGUAAACGCCUGAUCAGUGCUGUUGAUUAUUUGGACGGUGCAGCCUUGUUCUACCUAGUUUCCGCUUUGCACGAAAUUCUGCUUUUUAACUUUUCUUGACUGACAGGUCUGUUGUGAAAGAUGAUUUCAUCCUGAACAUUGUGAGCAGAUGCCACUGAGACUAGAAAGUCAGACUGUCCUCGGCUGGCAGAUAAAGAGCAGUUACAGGAUGUUUUUGUUCCAGAGCUGAGGUUUCAGAAACUGCUUGUGUGGUCGGCGCAUAUAAUGGGGUAAUUUAUUUAUAAUUGCUAAUGUUGUUUUGUCGCUUUAUGGCAUGGAAGAUGAGAAGACUUUGGUAUUGCAUGUCCCGUUCUCUGUUGUUCUCUCUUUCAAUAAGCAAGUCGUAUUCACCUGGACUUUCUCCCACCUAAUGGGAGAAAAAUGCUGAAAAUGGACACAGAGGCUGUACCGAAUCGUUUGCUUUUCCCCAAAGAGAUUUUCAUCUAAACCCAAAAUGUGAUUUAUGAGUUUAAAUUAUGACGUGAGGGCUGAUAAUAGCUGUUUGGAUUAAGAGGGUGCGCAGUUACUUGUGUCUUUGCCAGUCCGAGCUCCUGAGAGUGCACGCUGGAGGAAAGUCUGGAAAGUGACUCUAAACGUCUCGUUUAAUGCACUGUAAUAAAUGACUCGUGACACAACCCCCAUUUUCCCUCAUGGGUCUAGAGAGGGAGGUUUUCCAUAUAUGUCGGCUCCGAAAAAAUUUUCCACUUCAGCAUCAGUGUUGACAUUAGAGCAGCCUUCAUCCAGCUCGCUGGCCUGGCUCUCAUGCUGUCUCCUGGGCCUGGAAACAAACCCAUGCUGCCACCCGCCAACCAGACUGAUUCUUGAUUACCUCCGUUGAAACACUUGUUGUUGACUCGCUGGACCCAGCUUUGCCCAGGUUUCCUUUCAUCCAGGCCAGGCCAGGCCUGGUCCUGUAGGCUUGGCCCUGAGUGGGUUCCCCCCGAUCUUGACAUCAUGGGGAUCCAGGGCAUGGAGCUGUUUGCCAUCGGCGUGGUCAUCAUCCUUUUCAUGGCAGUUCUCAAGCAGUUUGGCAUCUUGGAGCCCAUGUCCUCAUUUGAAGAUGACAGCAGCGACAGUGAUUUGGAGCUGUCGACGGUGCGUCACCAGCCGGAGGGGCUGGACCAGCUGCAGGCUCAGACCAAGUUCACCAGGAAGGAGCUUCAGUCUCUCUAUCGAGGCUUCAAGAAUGAGUGUCCCAGUGGGAUGGUUGAUGAGGAGACAUUCAAGACCAUCUAUUCUCAGUUCUUUCCCCAAGGAGAUGCCACCACCUACGCCCACUUCCUGUUCAACGCGUUCGACAUCGACAGAAAUGGUUCAAUUCGCUUUGAGGACUUUGUCAUCGGCCUGUCAGUGUUGCUCAGAGGUUCGGUCACUGAGAAGCUCAACUGGGCUUUUAACCUCUAUGAUAUUAAUAAGGAUGGCUACAUCACCAAGGAGGAGAUGCUGGCGAUUAUGAAGUCGAUCUACGACAUGAUGGGGAGGUACACCUACCCCUGUGUGCGAGAUGAAGCACCCUAUGAACACGUGGACAAGUUCUUCCAGAAAAUGGAUAAAAACCGAGACGGUGUAGUGACCAUUGAAGAGUUCAUUGAGACCUGUCAGAAGGAUGAGAACAUCAUGAACUCCAUGCAGCUGUUUGAGAAUGUGAUAUAAAGAAUCAGGAUGCUCUCCUUUGUUUUCAGUCAUUAGUCCAUGUGCACAAGUCACACACCCAUGCACCUCGAACUCCACACUAAAACAUGGCAUCCUGGCACAUAAUGUAGGUAUUGUAAAGAUACAGGAACUAGACAUUUUGCUUAAUUUUUUCUUGCCAUGCUCCUUUAGCUGUAUCUUGCAACUGCUUCUGGAUUUAAAUGACUGCUACAGACAGAAGAAGAGCUUCCUGGGUAAAAUCUCCCGUCUGUCCGGCGUGUUUUUUGUGUCCUUAAUGAAGAAACAGAAGAGCUCCUCGUACUUAUCGUCAGACUAAAAGAACCAACAAGGUGCAAAGAAGCUUACUGUACAAUAAUCCACUGACCUGAGCACACAAGGAUACUAGCUUUAACACUAAUACACUUUCUCUCACACACAUACACACACACACACACACACACACACACACACACACACACACACAGUUUUUUCAUUCAUUCACGUUCAUACACACGUACCUGCUGUUUUUUAAAGAGGUUUUAGAGCACUGGAUGAAGUGAGCUAAGAGCAGAAAAAAAUGGCAGUGACACACAAAAAAAGAGAAACGAACUAAAGCAUGUUUGUCAUCAAAUAUGUGAUGUGGAAUUAGCUUGCACUACAAUUUUAUGACUGUGUAUUAUAUGCGCCUGCAAUAAAGGCACUGUAGAUACCUGCA